GAUUAGCCCAAUCCUUCAAAAUCAUAAUCUUCAUACCCAAUUUACCCCUAACUUUUCUCCACAAAUCGGCCGGCCCGCAAAGCCCAUUUCAGUAAUCUCCCAAAGCCAGCCGUCGUCAUCCGCCGGCUAUGUUCUGCAGGACUUGUUUCUUGCCGCCUCUUCCCAAGCAUUUGUUUUCCUUCUCAUCCAUUUCCGAAACAGUCAACUACUCUCUCUCUCUCGCGUAAAUUCUCUUGAUAGAUUGUUAAGACUUGUGAAGCCUGAUUCUAUUUAAGUGCGCUUCUCUUUUUGUUGCUUGGAGAUUCACGUAAAAAUUUCUGUCUCUUUUCUUGUUUUUCACGUGUUGUGUUUGUUUGUUGGUUUGACCGAUUUCUCGACGCAAGCCAUGAAUUCGGACAGCGAAACAGGGCAUCCCCAUGGAUCUCCGAAGCUGCGCCGGCCCAAGUCUCGAGACGUCAGCUCUCGGUAUCUCUCUCAGAGCUCUCUCUCCUCGCCCGAAAGAAAAUUCGAUCUCCCGUCUCCGAGACAGACUCUCUCUCCCAGACAGAAACCGCCCAGAUCGUCCAACGAUACUAGAAGGCAGAGAAGCUUCGGCGGCAGCAGUGACGACGACAGCGGAUUAAUCCGUGGACUAUGGCCCGCCCCAACUCCGAUAAAAACUUCUUCUUCGAGUAAAAAGCUGGACACUUUCGGUGAUUAUCUAGGAAAGGAGCGACUCAAAGACCUCAAAAUCGACAACAAGAACAACGAAGUGAAACAAAACAUCGAGAAUCCUCUGUUUGAGUACGAGAUGACCGGGGGGAAAAUCGCGAAAGAGAAUCACAAAUCUUUUUUUGGUGGGUCGAUGAGGUUAGGAUUUCCACGGCGAUCGUCGAAGACACCGGCGAGUAAGUCUUCGUAUUACUCGCCGAAUUUAUCAGGUAAUGAAACAGGUAUAGCUCCCGGGAGAUUUUCAGUUGACGAAACUACCCUCCGCCGGAGAUCACUCGGUCCGGCAUCAGAUACCGCAGACUCGGGGUCCGAGUGCAGCGACGUAAGCUCCGGCUACAGGUCUGGCUUCAGCGGAAAGACCCCAGGGAAAAACCCAUCUCUGGGGUCUUUCAAGAGUCCCACGGCGAAUGCUAGAAGGUCCGGUGUCGAAGUUUCGUCAAAGUAUUUACAAGAUUUAAGAGCCAAAACACGAGUCGGGACGCCAGAUCCGAACGUCCCGAUUCUGAGUUCUUUAGACAAGUCUCCGAGUAUACGUACUUCGAAGAGUUCGGCCGUAUAUGGCGGCGGUCCAGCAGCACCGAAGUGGGCGAUGUCGCCGGGAAGAGAGGUGUUGCCGCCAGUCGAUAGCAGGGGAAAGCCGCCGCCGGCGUUUUCAAACUUGAGGCCGAAAGGGAAAGGGGUGGGGGAUUUGUUGAGCAAGGGGUUGGGUUUGUUUAAAGGUAAGAAGUCUACAGCGGCGGCAGCCGAAGCGACCGAUGGUGGUUCAGCACCUGUCGCUUCGGCGGUGGUUGGUGGUUUGGCGGUGGGGUAUGGUGGUGGGGAGUCUGUUCAUGAGCUUCGUUUGAUGGAUACCCGAUUGAUUCAGUGGAGUUUUGUGAAUGCUAGAGGAGCUUUUGUGAAUCUGAGCAUGACUAACAAAGCAGAGAGCAAAUUUAUAGGUGCAUGGCAUAGUAUUACAAAGUUGCAACAUUCUGUGGUACAAAAGAAGCUACAACUUGACAAAGAGAAGCUUGAGAUGAAGCUGAGUUUUAUUCUUCACUCCCAUAUCAAGUCAUUGGAGGCUUGGGGAGACAUCCAAGCACAAAACCUAUCAGCAGUUUCAGGCGCCAAAGACAGUUUUCACUCUGCCAUUUGCAGAGUACCCCUUGUGGAUGGUGCAAAGGUGAUGGAUCCACAUUCAGCUUACUUGGCACUUCAACAUGCUGCAAAUCUUGCGACAUCCAUAAAUUCAAUGUUAUACACAAUUUCACCAACGGCGAAGAAGACAAUAACACUGAUUUCGGAAUUAGCAAAGGUAGUCAGACAAGAAAAAGCUCUUUUGCAAGAAUUCUUGGAGCUUUUGAGGAUCAUUUCCACGUUAGAGAUUCAGGAGAGGAGCUUGAAGUGUAGUUUGAUUCAAAUAAAAUGAUCGCAACAGCAGCAGCAGCAGCAGCAAAACAUCCACCACCAACAAACUGCUUCAUGAAUCAUGAUUUCUUCCUCUGCUUUGAUCGUGCCAGAAGAUCACUAUAAUUUUCACUGCUUUGAUCAAUGACAAACGCUUUCCUUAGUUCUCACUAAGAUCGACAUUUUGUGGUCGUGAUGCUCAACCUAGUCCUAAAACAGUGGGGAAUAUUUCAUGCCGGAUAAAUCUUACUGACCUUUAUUGCCUGGUGUAAGCCUGAGGCAUAUGAUUGCCCGGUCAGGAUUCGGGGCGGGGUUGGGGCUGUAUGGUGCUCUGCUUGUUUCAUUUACUUCAAUCAUUCUUUUCUUCCUUUAUUCAUUGAUGGGAAGUCAAGCAACAUGGUUAUCUGAAUACUUGAAGCA